CAGCGCAGGAGGCGUGUUUCGUGAGAUGUCCCACUCUUUCAGACAACCGGGCUUAACUUGAAGUUUUUAACACUUUUACUCUUUAUAGCUUAUUUUACCGACAUAUAAAAGACACGGGCUUUAUCGGAAAGAUGGCUCAGGAGAGGAGCCGGACAAUCUCCAUCUUCUUCUGUCUCGCGCUGUUCUCUCUGUCUGACUGUCACCCUCACGCUUACCGGAGCAACAGCCCAACAUCUGUGCUGAGGGCUGCAGCCAAUCACACUAAAACAAAAGACACAGCAGCAGAGGUAGCAGGCUAUGCUGAUGUGGCUAAAAGGAUCAUCGACCUGGCAGUGUUUGGAGCUGCCCAGAAUCGCUCCUACAGACGGCUGGCUGACUUCACCGACGCCAUCGGGAGCCGUGUCAGUGGCUCACAAAGCCUGGAGAUGGCCAUCAAAUACAUGCACAAUGCCAUGUCUCAGGAUGGGUUGGACGUCCAUCUUGAACCAGUGAAAAUCCCACACUGGGUGAGAGGCAAAGAGAGUGCAGAGAUGAUAAUGCCCCGGUCUAAGAAUCUGGCUAUGUUGGGACUGGGUAGCAGUGUUGGAACGCCUCCUGAAGGUAUUAAGGCGGAGGUGUUGGUGGUUCAGUCUUUUGAUGAGCUGAAGCUCAGAGCCAGUGAAGCCGCCGGAAAGAUUGUAGUCUUCAACCAACCAUUUGUCAGCUAUGGAGAGACGGUGGCUUAUCGGGCGUUUGGAGCCUCUGAGGCAGCCAAAGUGGGAGCUGUGGCCACACUCAUUCGAUCCAUCACUCCAUUCUCAGUUAACAGUCCUCACACAGGCUGGCAGGAUUACCAGGCUGGAGUGAACCGCAUCCCCACGGCCUGCAUCACCGUGGAGGACGCUGAGCUGAUGUGGCGUCUGGCGCAGAGGGGCCAGAAGAUUGUGGUACGACUCACAAUGGAAGCCAAGACUUUACCGGACGCUGAUUCUUUCAACACAGUGGCAGAAAUAAAAGGCUGGGAGCACCCCGAACAGGUCGUCCUGCUGAGCGGUCAUUUGGACAGUUGGGAUGUGGGUCAGGGUGCCAUGGAUGACGGAGGCGGAGCCAUGAUUUCUUGGGAGGUUCUGUCACUGAUCAAAGAUCUCGGCCUGCGUCCGAGGAGAACUCUGCGCACCGUGCUGUGGACGGCUGAAGAGCAGGGCGGGGUCGGGGCACAGCAGUACUUCAAUCUGCACAAGGUGAACUUAAACAACUUCGAUCUCGUCAUGGAAUCUGACCUGGGGACAUUCACCCCAGUGGCUCUGCAGUUUACUGGCAGUGACGCAGCACGUAAGGUGAUGGAGGAGGUGGUCAAACUUCUGGCCCCCAUCAAUACAACUAAACUGGAAUCCCACGGAGAAGGGACGGACAUCUCUCCAUGGCUGGAAGCAGGAGUCCCAGGAGCCAGCCUCCACGUGGAAGACAGUCGUUACUUCUGGUUCCACCACAGUGAAGGCGACACCAUGACGGUCCAGGACCCUGCAGAGAUGAACCUGUGCUCGGCGCUGUGGGCCGUGGUCGCCUAUGUUGUGGCAGACCUGCAGGACAUGCUGCCCAGAUAGCAGGAGGGGCCGGGUCCCAAAAACCAAACCUGACCCCUCAAGUGACUGACCUGAUUUUAAUUUGAUUUUAGUUGUACGGUAAAGGUAAGUUUGUAAGAUUUGCAUUAAUUUGCCUUAAAUCUUGAACUGCUUCAUGAGAGAGUAUGAAAGCAGAGAUUAUGAGAGAGGAGGCCUGAUUUUGAAAACACUCUUAUUUAUUCUGUGACCAAACUAAAUUAUGAUUUUUAGCUGGGAACAACAUGUUAUGUGUGGAACAAAAGAGAAAUGAGUUUUUCUUUCGUUUAUUUUUAAUUUGAGGGUUUCUGGACUGGAAACCAAAUAUUUGGCACCUUUUCUUGUAUUAUAUAUAAAGUAACACACAUUCACUACUGUGUGUGUGUCACCAGUUCAUUAUAUUCGCACAAUCUGAUGUGAUGCCUCACAGCAGCUUAUCUUAAAAUCCCACCUUUACAAACGAUGCAGUGCUUCAAUUUACACAAGCUGUAAUGAAGCGACGUAUUUUGGUUGCAGUUUGCUGCGGUGCGGCGCUGCACUCCAAAUACCAUGAAAGGUGUUUAGAAUAGUUUUGCGUACGAGAGGGGAGAACAUUAGAAACAUCUGUCAAUGCAGUAAAAUGCAGUCUGACCAAACACCGCUGCAAACUUCAACCUCAAAAACAAGCAUAAUUAGAUUAAAGCCACUUGGAUGGUUUGCACUGGCAGGAGAAAUGGGAGAGCAGUAAACAGGUAUACGGAAAACAAGCGGCCUGUGGGUGUAUCAGACUGAUGGAAAUGUUUUGCAAGGCCUGAGAAUGUGUUGAAAUUUUUUAAAAGUAUUUGUCUUUCUUGAUGAUAACCCUUGAUUAAGAGUGUUUCUGCAGCAGCAGCAGCAACACUGGACUUUUAUCAACCAUGAGCUCAUAGAUAAAAGGGGAAACUGAUGUUGUGCUUAAGUCUCAGGUUUCUGCCAGUUUCAGUCUGAUCUGAAAUGUUCUAAAAAAAGUGUUGCUGUUUUUGUUUUUACAGUUUUAAUCUUUUUGCUGUUGACAUUAUAACCUAUGAGGCUCUUGUUUACAUUUCGUUAUAACGUCAGUCCAUUGUUAGAUAAUCAAACUAACCUGCAACAUACUUCCUGCUGUUAAUUGCUCUUCACUCGACGAGCGUUAUAUAACUUUGCAUAUUGUGUGUUUCAUAAAGCUGUGAACAGCAAGUAUGGCUGUGUGAAUAUUCUAAAUAUCAUAUGAUCUCAUUUGGUAAAAAAAAAAGCAUUGUGUCGGAGUUGGUCUGCUCCUGAGGACAGGCCAACAUCUCCCAGUUUCCUCACUGGUAUAUUAGAAGCUCGUACACUAUAAUCCCCCUUUAUGCAAGCUGACCUCUGACCUCAACAGUCUAAUAGGUUCCUGUUUCACAUCAUGCUCUGUAUAACCUGCCAGAAAAAAACAAAACAAAAAACAUAUUGCACCGUUAAACCUUAGAUCAUCGGUACCGAUACUCCCCUCUGCUUGUCUGAAACUUGAUGAUCAUGUAGUUUAUGAGGAGGAGGAAGUUGACCCAACAAGUGAGACAGAUGCUAAAUAAGUCUGAGAAAGGAGAAGAAGAGGGGGAAAUGGAGAAACAGAGGCAGUGUGACGACGCAGAGGGAAGUCUAAAAAGGAUGGAUCAGACAAAGGUAGAGAGGAAGUGCAGGGAAUUAAUCACUGUGUGGGCGCUGUGCGGGCCAUCACAGUAACUACAACACACACACAGCUGGGCUACGUUACCCCACGGACUGACAAGUCAGCACUCCCUGAGGGUGAUGUCAAAGUUAGUCAGCAGCCAGUUUAGAUAAAGUGUCUGUGUGUGUGUGUGUGUGUGUGUGUGUGUGUGUGUGUGUGUGUGUGU